GGGGGGGACGUGCACGUACUCCAACGCCAUACAAAGUGCUGACCUGUCUCACGGAUGCACGUUACAAGACAAUCAGAGGAGCUCGGCCGGUGCCAAACGUCCAAUGGAUAUACCUGAAGACGCGUCAGUUUCUCCUUCAUCCUCCCCAACCUACUCCGUCGAUUCCCUGCAGGACUCCGCUCUCUGAGACAUGGACCCGCGAUAACAACUCAACCCCAACUUCCUGCAACACUAUGGUUAAAGAGUCUGCCGAGGUUACUCUCUGUAAAAUUAUCCGCCUCUCCAUCCACCGUCCAUCUUCCUCAGGAAGUCAGCCGUCAAAACAACAAAGUGUCCCUCUCUCGGCUCUCUGGGGGCCGUCGAUGUUUGUGAAGAGACACUGAACGAGAGUUCACACAGUGUUCAUUUAGGGAGUUUAUAUGUCUGGGGGCGAGUUGUGUCCAUUCACAGUACAGCAGUAUGGUGGUAGGGAUGUCCACUAUUUCCUUGUGAUCACCGCUCCAUGCGCUUCAUCUCUCCUCUGAGCUCCGUGGCCCCCCUCACCCUGCGCCGGACCCCACUCCAAACACCCCCCAGCCUGCCAUGCUCCUCCAGGCCGUGUUGCUGUUGCUGCUGCACUGCUUGGCCUCCACUCUGGGCCAGUACGAACUGUGCAAGUCCCUUGUGAGCACGGAUGAAGGCUCGGUGUGGGAGCAUUACGCGUGCCAGCCGAAAACCGCAACCAUGAAAGACUACAUGCGGAUCAAGGUGGAUCCGCCCGGAAUCACGUGUGGAAACCCACCGGAGAGAUUCUGCACCCUGGAGAACCCAUACCUGUGCAGUGACGAGUGUGAUGCCUCUAAUCCAGACUUGGCCCACCCUCCUCAGCUGAUGCAGGACCGUGAACGCAACGGCCUAAUCACCUACUGGCAGACGGUCACAUGGAGACGCCACCCUGAGCCCCUGCUGGCUAACAUCACCAUGUCCUGGAACAAGAGUCUGGAGCUCACAGACGACAUCCAGAUCACCUUCGAGUACGGCCGUCCUACCAUCAUGGUACUGGAUAAGUCCAUGGACCACGGGCGCUCCUGGCAGCCGUACCAGUUCUACGCUGACGACUGCCUGGACGCCUUCAACAUGCCACCUAAACGUGUGCGUGACCUCUCGCCCGCCAACAUCACUCGGGUCAUCUGCACCGAGCAGUACUCGCGCUGGGUCGGCUCCAAGAACGACAAGAAUGUGAAGUUCGAGGUUCGGGCGCGCUUCGCUGUGUUCGCCGGCCCUCGGCUACAGAACAUGGACAGCCUGUAUACUCGCAUGGAAAGUAUGAAGGGACUGAGAGACUUCUUCACCUUCACCAACCUUAGAAUGAGGCUUCUCAGGCCCGCCCUUGGAGGCACCUACGUCCAGAGAGACAACUUGCUCAAGUACUUCUAUGCCAUCUCCAACAUCGAGGUACCUGCCAGGUGCAAGUGUAACCUCCAUGCCUCCCAGUGCCUGCUGCAGGAUGGGAACCUCCAGUGCCAGUGUGAACACAACACCACGGGACAGGACUGCCAGCGCUGCAGGAAGGGCUUCAAAGCCAAGUCCUGGAAGGCUGGUUCCUACCUGCCAACACCCAAUGGAACCCCUAACACCUGUACAAUUGCUGGUUCCCCCUCCGGUUCUAUCUCUCACAAGUCUGAGGAACACGUACAUGAGACUCAUGGCCACACACAGGAGGAAAAAGAAAGAGAAGCUGAGAUGAAAGUCUCCCACAUUUCUGAGGGACAUGGACAUGAGACUCAUGGCCACAAAACACCAACCUCAUCUCACCACGAGGAGGAAAGGAAAGUCUCCCACAAGUCUGAAGGACAUGGACAUGUGCUCGAGACUCAUGGCCACAAAACACCAAUCUCAUCUGAGCACGGACAUGUAACUCAUGGCCACCGAACAACAUUAUCUGAGCAUGGGGAAGAGAGGGGGGAGGAGGAGCAUGAAAGGAAAGUCCCCCACAAGUCUGAGGAACAUGGACAUUUGCAUGAGACUCACGGCCACAAAACACCAACUUCAUUUGAGCACGGACAGGAAAUAAAAGCUGAAAGGAAAGUCCCCCACGAGUCUGAGGGACAUGGACAUGUACAUGAGACUCAUGGCCACAGAACAACAACUUCAUCUGAGCACGGGGUGGAAAGGGAGGAACAUAAAGAAAUGAAAGUGCACAACUUCAUUGAAAAACCUGAGAGGGAAAGAUGGAGUUAUGCAACCCACAAGUCUCAUGGAAAAGAGGAUGAAGACAGAGACGAGAAGGAAAAAGAGAAAAAGAAAGGGCUCCUGAAACUCUUGAUCUCAGGAGAGCCCCAGGCCAGAGAGUUGUUUGGAAUCAUAUACGAUGAUUUCAAAGACUGUGAGUGCUACGGCCACUCCAACCGCUGCAGCUACAUCGACUACCUGAACAUCGUCACAUGCGUCAGCUGCAAGCACAACACCAGGGGCCAGAACUGCCAACACUGCAGACUGGGAUACUUCCGCAACGCCUCUGCCGAACUGGAUGAUGAGAGCGUCUGCAUCGAGUGCAACUGCAACCAGAUGGGUUCCGUUCAUGAUCGGUGUAACGGUACAGGCUUCUGUCAGUGUAAAGAUGGCGCCACGGGGACCAAGUGUGACGACUGUCUGCCGGGAUACUACUGGAAACAAGGCUGUUACCCUAACGUUUGCGACGAGGAGAUGCUCCUGUGCCAGAACGGAGGAACGUGCUACCAGAACCAGAAGUGCAUCUGUCCUCCAGAGUUUAAGGGGGUACUGUGCCAACAAUCCCGCUGCGAGGCGGGCAAGGACUGCAACGCCGCCUCUUCGCCGCACCUCUCCACGGCCACCCUGCUGCUCUGCACUCUGCUAGCCCACCUGCUGGCCAUUUUAACUCCCCACUGAGCCACGAAAAAAGAAAAAAAACAAACCCUCAGACCAAGGAGUGUGUGUUUAUGUGUGUGUACGUGAGGCGAGGAGGUCACCCAGAGUGGCUAGGGACAUCCUAAUCAUGGACCCGGACGAACACACAUUCGCAUAGGAGCACACACUCACACGACACUAACUAACCCCCAGUUCCCUUUCAAACACACGUAUACACACACACACACACAUCCUCACAGGACUGUUACGUUACUGAGUGUGUGCUCAGGUGUGAGAUGGACAAAUAAAGAAAAAGGAGGAGUAACCUCAGAGAAAAGAGAUGCAGACGAAAAAGGGGGGGAAAAAAUCAUACCAACCACUGUUCCCUUUAUUCCUGAGCAGGAGCAAUGUGCAUCAAACCAAAAAGCAUAAACAAAACACUUAAAUCACCACUGUUUCACUUCAAAGGGAAUGGCUGUUGUAACCACAAGGACAUUUUUCUUUUUUUUUUUUUUUGUUUUGUUUUUUUCUUGGUUGAAUUAAGAAUCUCGCCUCUGUUAAGACUGCUCUUUCUGAUGGCCAACGUGUGUGUGUGCGUAUGUGUUGUGCGGUCAGACUCGAGGUGAGAGGACGGGACAUGUCGACGCGACGGACGGACAGACGGACGGGUCGGGAGGCGAGGUUCGCGUUUGAUUCUGCUGCUGAGGCCUACAUAGUAUAUUAACCAGGUUUCAUUUCUUCUCAAAAGAUGAGACUUGAUUUUACAUUUAUUCUAUUUCUGCUGCAUUUUUUUAAAAAAGAAAAAUAUUAUAUCUUGAGUCAUUGUAUCUAAUGUGCCCACUAACAGUCGCUGAGAUUAUACAUAUUAUAUAAUAUCCAGGGGGUUACGAAUUAUUAAAAAAAAUUUAGUCACUAUUAUGGUUGUUAUAGGAAUGAGUGAUUGUUGCCACACUUAGCGAGAUUUAAUCUUCACACAGUAUUCAGGAAGCAGAAUUUAACAGAAUUUACCUUAUCAGAAGUCUAAAAGAGAGAGAAAAGAUAUCAACCACGUAUCAAUAUUAUAUGACAUUAUUUGAAUAUUUUUUGUAGAAAUUAUUUUUGUUUGGAGUUACAAAUAAAUUAUAAAAAAUGACAUUUACAACUAUUCAAAUGAGCAUUUUAUUACACUGAGUGUAAACCUUGCAGUAAAUAUGACUGUUAUUUGCCUUCUUGCUUGUACUUUUUUCAUUCCGUCCACGAUUACAUGCUGUUAACACCUUUUUUUUCAGUGGGGGUGAGAAAAAAAAAAAAAAAAAAAAGAAAUUGAACAAGUUGAGACAAGAGAACCAUCGCUCCAAGUCAUUCAUUUGAUCUAUUUCAUUCACUUUGGACAUGGUGUUGAAUGCUUAUUAUUACAAAUGGAUUAUACCGGUUUGAUAUCCAACAGUCUGUCUGACAAUCACAAAGAACUGCUUUAAUGUCAAGAGAAUACAAAUUAUUUUAUUCUGAUAAAAGUUGCAAAGAGCUUUUUAUAUCUGGAAAUGUCACUUGCAGAUUCAGCACAAGAGAUCACCACAAUGAUUCACAAUGGUCCUGGGAGACAGAGUGACCCUGAGGCCAUUUUUUUUUUUACUCUCCUCAAGAUUACUAUUUGCAAGGUUUGUUCCAGCGGGGGAAAAAAAUGUCCGUCAAGUUUGUUUGUUUGGGUUUUUUUUUUUUUUUUAGCAAACCUACAUAAUAAUUUGACUGAGAAAUGUUCUAUUGCUGAGUCAUCCCAGGUACACAGUGGAUAAAGAGACAUGAAUGCUGCAUUACACCAGGAUACAGUGUACAUCAAAGAUAAAAGUGAGACUAAGCCUGUGAGAAAUGACAAGACAGGGAUUCUGGUAUUACUCCUCUCUCUUUCUCUCUCUCUCUCUCUUUCUCUCACUCUCUCACUGAGUUGGUGGUAGCUGUAUUAGCUAUUCUGUGUGUAAGGCUCAUCCCCUCUGAGCCUGAAUGGUGUCAAGAGCUGAGACUUGGGAGAGAAUAGUUUAUGAAUGUUGAACACUGAGAAAUUAUGUAAAGAACACAUAUCAUUGUGGAUCAAAGAGCAGCAGCACUCAUAGCCAGAAGAAAAUGUAUUGCAGUAUACUACACUGUAUUAUAAUGACUGUAGCUUGAUACGUAGAUACAGUAACAUCCAACUUGUGACCAAGGACGACAUGAUUCACGUUGGAGGAAUAAGAUCUAUAGUAAGGACAUGGACUGCAAUAGAGCUGAAACCAUCAAUUAGUUGAUUAUCAGAUAAUCAGUUAUAAUAAUCAGGUGUGUGUUCUAUCUUCUUAAAUGUAAAUAUUUUCUAGUCUUAAUCUUCUGUCAUAGUAAGUUUAAUAUCUUUGAGUUUUAGACAGUUGAGUUAGACUCUGGAAAACUGUCAUUUUUCAUUUUUAAAAGACCAGAUGAUUAAUUGAUUGGUAGAUAGAAUAAUCAGCGGAAUACCUGAUAAUAAAAAAUAAUUGCAUAACUUCAGAAAUAGCAAGUAAACAAAGACAGCAAAUGGAGAAACACGUGCACGGCAUAAAGAAACACACUGCAAAUACAGAAAACACACACACAAAAAAAAAAUACUGAUAUGCUGUAAGUCGUAUUCAACACUACGGGGACAUUAAAAGCUGAUAAAUGCUUCUAUCACUCCUCACUGAAAAUUAAUUAACAAUGUUAGUUUUUAACACCACAUGAGUCUAUUAUUGUAAACUGUGACUAUACACCUAGUGUUAGCCUUUUACCAAUUACUAGCAUGUUAAUCAUUCUAUUUUAGUUCUGUUGUUGUAUAUGACUUGCAGCACGUCUCUAUUUUCUAGUUUCUUUAUGUUAAUGUAUGUUUUGGUGAACACAGCUUCUAAAUUUGCUUGUGUUCUACCUAAUUUCAGCAUUUCUCUCAAAAGGCUGCACAUAUUCUUCAUUUGCUUGUCGUUUUCUCUGUUUGAAUCGGUUUCUUUAGCUGUAGUUCAGUCAGUUCUCUCAGCAGCCGAACAAAUUACAAUGAGAUUGCAGUUCAAUGAAAAAUAAUAAAGAUGAAAGAAUGCUUGCAAGACGGAUAUUACACCUCUGCCACCUCUGCUAGCUGAAAACAAGUCCAUUGUAAUUCAACUAAGCAAUGGAACCCAUUGACAUUUUUUCAUUUAGUGGCUUCAUGUAUAAAAUAAUCUGUGCCGACAAUUAACAAAUUAGGCACGUUCCAUUAAUACAUUGUUAAUCGAGAUACAACCGUGCUGUCAAUUAAACUCAUGAACGGAGUCUGACAAAUAAGAUUGGAACUGCCAAAUGAUCCCACAACUCCAGACAAAACUGUGAGUAAUUUUUUUGCACUCGCGUUUUAUCACAGUAAUAAAUGAAUAAUCAGAUCGACCUACCUAAUUAAAUUAAAAUGGAGCAACACACGGAGCUUUCCAGCUCCGACAUGAAGCUGUGAGAUAUAUAAAAAAUGAAUGAAAGUAAACUCAUCAACAGAAAGCUCUCCUUUAUAUUUCAUCUCUGAAUAGCUGAAUAAUAAGUGCAAAAGAAGCUUUAAUUUAUGUUUCUACCGCAAGACAAAAACCCUCAGCCGCUUUCUACCGACAUAAAGAGAUGGAGAGCAGGACAAAGCGAUACAGAAAUAAGUACAUACUGUCACAGCUAUAUCAUGAACAAAACACUUAUCAUCAGGUCUCAUAAAAGGUAGAAGAAGAAGGGUAGACUGUAGCACCUGCCAACGCUGGUGUGUGUCAGAUCAGAGACGUGGGAGAACAGCGGCUGAAUAAGUUUGUCUUCGGCCUCCUGAAUGUGACCGAGGGUUCGAUUUGUCCCUGUCAUCUCUGCUCUGUUUUCCCAGCUGUACCACUGCCUCCUGUUUGUUUUAUUUUCAGCUGCGGAUUUCACAUGGGUCCUUGAGGUUUGAGUGUUGAUUGCCCUAAAAUUCCCUUUUUUCAGGCUUCCUUUGCUUUGGGGGAUACGCACACCAGUCACCAUACGUGCCCGUGGGUCUCUGCCAGACGUACUUCGCACAGCCUUACCGGACUUAUCUCUCGUAUAGUACCUGAUUUCACUUCUAGGAUCGUGUGCUUCUCUGGGGUUUCACUGGAGCUGAUAUCGUGUUUCAUCAUCUUUCUUAAAAACAUGUAGGGUUAGCAGUACAGCAAACCUUUGCUAGACAGAAUCCCUCCGGAGGAGACCUGACUGAACACCUCAUGUUUUUUGGAAGGGUAGCACGGAUCUGAAGUCCCACUCUGUUGGUACACCGACAUCCCCGCAUUAAUCACUACAUCCUACUCAGAUCAGACGUAUCAGCUCCAGACUGAAUGUGUAAUUAUUCUAUGUAGCUAAUAACAACAAAAUUAGGGAUGCACCACUCUGACUUUUUCCUUCCCAAUACUAGUUCUGGGAAUACAAUACACUGCGAUACAAAGCCAAUUAGAUUUAGCUGGGAUUGGGAAUUGAUAUUUUUACUUCUUGUGUGACUAUAAUAAACAAUA